GGAUAGCAAUGUUCCAAGUGAAGCUGGCGCUGAAAAAAACACUGUUAUUUUUGAUCUAUAAACAUGUAUAAAGCGACAGUGGCUUCGUAAUUAUAUUUUAAUAAUGCAUAACGUUAAGCGUGACGUUGGACCGUCGAAUUAUUAGUAGCACUUCCACAACAUAACAAUAACCAAGCAAGCCUGUCAUCCGAGAGACAUGAGGCUGUUGAAAUGUAUUCGACCCUAUGCUGAUAUUAUUUUUUUGUCGUUGAAUUAAAAUAUUAUAUAAUUUUAUAUAGUAUUUUUUUCUGAAAUAACAUGUUAAUGAAACCGAACACACAAGACUAAACUGCAUAUUGAAAUGCCAUGGAUAGGGAAACCUUUCAUAGCUGCUCCAGCUUGGUCAAACUGCCCAGGCAGAUCCACCAACAGCACUGCUCCUCUCAUUUCAUCGAGUACAUAGAAAGAGAAAUACCCUACUCCAAAUUCUUCAAGAACUACCUGAUCCCGAAUCAGCCAUGCAUGUUCUCCAAAAAAUUCACAGAAGAAUGGAACUGCAGGAAAAAAUGGGUGACGGCUGAAGGAAAACCUAAUUUGCAAAGACUUCUGCAUGAAUUUGAUGAGACUCCGGUUCCUGUCGCAAACUGCAGUGUAAAAGAAUACAACGCCAACCCGAAGCAGAUCAUGCCUUUUAAGGAGUUCAUCCAAUACUGGAGAGAAAGCAUACAGAAUGGGCAUUCUUCGCCAAAAGGAUGUCUUUAUUUAAAAGACUGGCACAUGCAAAGGAACUUUCCUGAGCAUAAUAUUUAUAAGACCCCAAUAUACUUCUCCUCUGAUUGGCUGAAUGAAUAUUGGGACACUAUUGAAGUGGAUGAUUAUCGGUUUGUCUAUAUGGGACCUAAAGGAUCAUGGACACCUUUCCAUGCGGACGUAUUUCGCUCUUACAGUUGGUCUGCUAACAUUUGUGGCCGUAAAAAAUGGCUGCUGUACCCUCCAGGCCAAGAGGACUUCCUUCGGGACUGCCAUGGCAACUUGGCCUAUGAUGUAACUGCACCCAUUCUUCAAGACAAGGGUCUGUACGCCCAGUUUGAAGAGGCCUGUCAGCCUUUAGAGAUCAUUCAAGAAGCUGGAGAGAUCAUCUUCGUGCCUAGCGGUUGGCAUCAUCAAGUUUAUAAUUUGGAGGACACCAUUUCAAUCAAUCAUAACUGGCUGAACGGCUGUAAUUUGGACAUCAUGUGGCAGUUUCUGCAAGAUGAGCUUUCUUCCGUCCAGAGGGAAAUCGAGGAAUGGCGCGAUACUAUGGACACCUGGCAUCAGCACUGUCAGGUGAUCAUGAAAUCAUGCACAGGAAUCGAUUAUGCCGAGUUCGCCUCUUUCCUCAAGACUAUCGCGAAUAAUCGGAUAUCCUUUUUGAACUCAAGUCCCAGAAAUGCAGACAGCUGCCAAGAUCUCCUUGCGGAAAGCCUGUGCGCAUUAGGCCCUCAUCACGCCGCCUUCGACCUCCAGAGAGUUCUGCAUAUAUUUGAGAUCAUGCUUAACAACGAAGACUUUAAGAGACUGGACCCUGCAACUCUCAGCUUCAAACCCGAGGAUCUGCUUCAGGAGAUCAGAGAAGCCAUUCGAACAAUCGUAUGAAUUGAAUAAGUUAAUAAAAGCUUUUAACAACACAUUUGUGUUACUUAAUUAUGGAUUCAGUCUGUGGAUUUUAUUGAAUUUGUUAUUAAUGACGCAUAUUAUGAUGCAUGAUUAAGUAUUUAAGAAGAGGAAUGUGCUCAAUAAACUGGGAAAGUUGAACAA